AAUAAAAAUAGGCUCACACAAAAUGACACUGGGAAAAGACAUUCACAUCACCUAAAAGGAGGUUUAUUUUUAUUUCUGGCUUGAAACUCAGAACAGACACAACGAAUAUGCGCUGGUCUGUAGAAGUAUCUCGGGCAGUCAAGAGGUCCUCGUGUUUAAUCAAAAUGUUUUGCUGCUGACCUGCUGGAACAAAAAAAAAAAAAAAAAGGAAAAAAAAAUCUGCAAGGAAUGAAAUAGAGCCCAGCUGCACCUCGGUUGCCAGGUGAAAAUGCAUGUCAAAUACGUGGCAGUGUCACCAUGUACCAAUUUAUGACAAGCUGCGACAAUGAUCUGAAGGGCCCUUGAGGCACCGAAACAGGAGAAAAAAACAACCGCAACAAAAGAAUGUGUUUCUCCCCCACUCUGGAAGUCAACAUGCAGUUCGAAUCUAACAUUACAGUCCGAGAUGCCAUUGACGACAUCGACACCAACAUGUACCGACCGCUGUCAUACCCGCUAAGCUUUCAAGUUUCUCUCACUGGAUUUUUGAUGUUAGAAAUCGUUCUGGGACUUGGCAGCAACCUCACCGUGCUGGUACUUUACUGUAUGAAAUCCAACUUAAUCAAUUCUGUCAGUAACAUAAUUACAAUGAACCUUCAUGUACUUGAUGUAAUAAUUUGUGUGGGAUGUAUUCCUCUAACUAUAGUUAUCCUCCUGCUUUCGCUGGAGAGCAACACGGCUCUGAUCUGCUGCUUCCACGAGGCUUGUGUCUCCUUCGCGAGCGUUUCCACCGCCAUCAACGUCUUCGCCAUCACCCUGGACCGCUACGAUAUCUCCGUCAAACCUGCCAAUCGCAUCCUCACCAUGGGGAGGGCUGUGAUACUAAUGACAUCCAUCUGGAUCAUUUCACUCUUCUCCUUCCUGAUUCCUUUCAUUGAAGUCAAUUUUUUCAGUCUUCAAAGCCCAAGCACGUGGGAAAAUAAGACACUUUUGUGCGUCAGUACAAACGAGUACCACACGGAGCUGGGAAUGUACUACCACCUGCUCGUUCAGAUUCCUAUCUUUUUCUUCACUGUUGUAGUGAUGCUAAUUACCUACACCAAAAUACUCCAGGCUCUUAAUAUUCGAAUUGGCACGAGAUUUACAACAGGGCAAAAGAAAAAAGCUAGGAAGAAAAAAACUAUUUCUUUAACCACUCAGCACGAGACCACCGACGUGUCGCAAAGCGGCGCGGGAAGGAACGUGGUCUUUGGCGUGAGGACUUCCGUCUCCGUAAUAAUUGCCCUCCGCCGAGCUGUGAAACGGCACCGGGAGCGCCGAGAGCGGCAAAAGAGAGUCUUCCGAAUGUCCCUCCUGAUCAUUUCAACCUUUCUGCUCUGCUGGACCCCAAUCUCUGUUUUAAACACAACAAUUUUAUGUUUGGGCCCAAGUGACCUUUUGGUAAAGCUGCGAUUAUGUUUUCUAGUCAUGGCAUACGGCACGACUAUAUUUCACCCUCUACUUUAUGCAUUCACUAGGCAAAAGUUUCAGAAAGUUCUGAAAAGCAAAAUGAAAAAACGAGUUGUUUCAAUAGUGGAAGCAGAUCCCCUGCCGAAUAACGCUGUAAUACACAACUCAUGGAUAGAGCCUAAGAGGAACAAAAAGAUUUCUUUUGAAGACAACGAAGUAAGGCAGAAAUGUUUAGUACCUCAGGUUGUCACUGACUAGGCUUCAGUAUCCACCAAAACACACCAAGAGGAAUAUCUGAAUAAACUGUAGAAAAAUACUGCCAAAUAAGGGGAAAAAAAAAAACUUUUUUAAAAAACACUAUUGGCUAGACUGUAAAUUUUCAACAUAUAUGUUAAACAGAGUAGGUCUUGUAUAUUCGAUUUCUUCAUUAUGUAAGAUAAAUGUUGCAUGGCCGUUUGUUAGCGUAACACCAUGUGUAUAUUUGUCAAAAAUAUUCAAGUCCUCCUUUUUUAGAAAAUAAAUAGCCUUAAAGAAGUGCAAA